UCAACUGGUCACAUGUACGGUCACGGGGACGAAUGGCUCGAGGCACUUCAAAUGGAAGCUACAUUGCAUACAUAGGUACACGUAUGCAUAUACAUUUGAUAUGUAUGAUGAGCGCUUGAGUAUGCUGUGUACAUGUGGUGGAUUCCAUAGAUACGAACACGUAUAUUUGGUAUUGCUACACACGAGACUUGAACGCAAUGAACCUCACCUGGGCAGCGAAAGCUCCAAUGUUAGUGUGGACCCUGAGGCAGGAGACAUGGUGGGGGUUGUUGGUGACGUAGCCGCCUAUUCGAGAGAGCUCGGACCGACUCAACGCCGGGCCCACCGCUGUUUCUCUAGCUGAUGCUGUAACCCACAAUGACGACGACGAUACAUGCCAUCAACGCACGCCAUUCCCCCGCGAAAGAAAAUCUCUGCGUCGAGCCUUCGUGAAGACAGCAGCAACUCAGCAUCUUCAUGGAAGCUUUGCAUCGCCGUCACACGAGCUGCUGCUGCUGCUGCUGCUGACCGCCUCCGCAAUCGACCCGCGCUCGGGUAUCGCACCAUACAUACAUCAUAUACUAGUUGCUAUACAUAUCCAUACAUGUUCCCGGCUUACCACUUCUUUAUGCGACAAUCGGCAUAGUGACUUCCUCGCCUGAGCUUGUAUUCCACCUACGCGCAGACGCUGGGCCCAUUAAUCGAGUAGCUGCGGAUCCCCUCUCCCGCUGUUCCUGCUUCUCUUUCUCUCUCUCUCUCUCUCUCUUCUUUUCCUUUCCAUUCCUUCUCCCUACAUCCCUCUAUCUAUCUUACCUCCUCCUCCACUCGCCUCCCACCUCUCUCCGCCCGUCCACCUACUUGCUCAUCGCCUCAUUCCUCCGUAUAACUCCAUUCCACACCUCGCUCGGUACUCAGCCUUCUUUGCCAUUUCCUAUCCUGCACCAUAUCCUCAAGACCUUUCUUGCACGCGACACCUACAAGCCACCAAAUACCCCCUGCUCGCCUUCCCCAGAGCAUGACCUCGCAAUCUUCAAAGACCCGUCAGACAUCCACCGUCCUCGACCCGUACGCCGCACCCCACAUCUAUUACGGCGAUAACAAUAAUCGCAAUCACUUCAGGGCCAGAACCUUCUCGGCCGAAGCACAAUCUACUACUACCACCAAAACCGAAGGCUUCCCCGGCCGACGCAUCAGUCAUGAUGAGCAAUCUCUUCAGCCGCGUCGCUUCCUCGUCCAGGUCGAACCUACGCUGAAGACGCUGCUGUCCCGUGAGGAUACGGACCAAAACUACCAGAUCACCAUAGACGACAAGGGCCCAAAGGUUCUUCAACUCGGAACUCUUGCCUCCAAUGCCCACAACAAAUUCGACGUGAGGGGCACCUACAUGCUUUCGAACCUUCUCCAGGAACUUACUAUAGCCCAAGACUAUGGCCGCAAAACCAUUGUGCUUGAUGAAGCCCGCUUGAACGAGAAUCCUGUGAACCGCCUCUCGCGCCUGAUCACGCAUUCGUUCUGGGAUGGAUUGACCCGCCGUAUAGAUGGUUCAAACAUUGCCAAGGUCGGUCGCGAUCCCAAAGAUUGGACCGACGACCCUCGGCCUCGCAUAUAUGUGCCAAAGGGGGCCCCCGAGCAGCACGCAUACUACACACGCAUAGCCCAGGAUCAUCCUGAGAUACGCCUCGACGUACAGUGGCUGGCUGAAUUCCCCGAUGACGAGAACUAUGUUCGGGAUCUCAACGAGAAGCCGGGCCUCCUAGCAAUCGCAAUGGAAGAGUACACCAACGAUAAAGGUGACAAGGAUCUGCGCGGUUUGCCUUUUGUCGUGCCCGGUGGUCGUUUCAACGAACUGUAUGGGUGGGACAGCUACAUGGAGUCCCUCGGUCUGUUGGUUAACGAUCGUGUUGAUCUUGUCAAGUCCAUGGUCACGCAUUUCUGUUUCUGUAUCAAACACUACGGCAAGAUUCUCAACGCCAAUCGAACGUACUAUCUUUGCCGCUCGCAGCCUCCCUUCUUGACGGACAUGGCCCUGCGAGUAUAUGAACGGAUCAAGCACGAGCCGGGAGCCGAUGAAUUCUUGCGAGAAGCCAUGCUGGCCGCUAUCAAAGAAUACCACAGUGUAUGGAUGGCAGCACCGCGUUUAGAUGAGGAAACCGGAUUAUCCCGCUACCGCCCGGGUGGGUUCGGGGUGCCACCAGAGACGGAAGCCACGCAUUUCAUUCACGUCCUGGAACCUUACGCCAAGAAGCACAACAUGACGUUCGAGCAAUUUGUACGUGCAUAUAAUCACCGAGAGAUAUUGGAGCCAGAGUUGGACGAGUACUUCCUUCACGAUCGCGCUGUCCGAGAAUCGGGUCAUGAUACCUCAUACCGUUUGGAGAACGUUGCUGCCAAUCUUGCUGUAGUGGACAUCAAUGCCUUGCUCUACAAAUACGAGGUCGAUAUCGGCCGUUGCAUUCGCACCCACUUUGGCAACAAGCUAGUCAUCCCCAAAGAGUUCUGCGCAGGCGACAUGACACCCGACCAGGUGGAGACUUCAGCCAACUGGGAACGCCGAGCAAGAAAACGCCGUGCCGCCGUGGAUAAGUACCUGUGGGACGAGGAAGCUGGCAUGUACUUUGACUAUAACACAGUCAAAAAGGAGCGAACCGGCUACGAGAGUGCAACUACUUUCUGGCCCAUGUGGUCAGGUCUCGCCACCCCUCGGCAAGCCAGUCUGCUCAUCGAGAAAGCACUGCCUAAAUUUGAAGCUUUCGGUGGGUUGGUGUCGGGUACCGAGAAAUCGCGCGGGAGAGUCGGUUUGGACCGUCCCAAUCGACAAUGGGACUACCCGUUUGGAUGGGCACCACAGCAAAUUCUUGCCUGGAUCGGGUUCCAGAGAUACGGAUUCGAUGGCGAGGCCCAGCGCAUAGCAUAUCGCUGGCUCUCGAUGGUCACCAAGGCCUUUGUAGAUUUCAACGGGGUGGUGGUGGAGAAGUACGACGUGACGCGCCCCAUUGAUCCACACAAGGUUGAAGCAGAAUAUGGUAACCAAGGCAGUGACUUCAAGGGUGUUGCACGUGAAGGGUUUGGCUGGGUGAAUGCAAGCUACAUCUACGGACUGACACUCUUGAGUGCUCAUCAAGUGCGAGCUCUUGGAGCGCUCACAACAUGGGACCAGUUCGAGCAUGCUUUGUCAGACUUGGGCUUGUGA